GUUUCUUCAUGCAUGUGCUGACUGUGAGCUAAAGGUCAGAUUACGGGUUAAACUGAACAGUUGCUGCUCAUUAUUCUUUCGGCUGCAAUUAACCUGUGCAACAGUGAGCUUUCUGAUUUUGCAUCACAACAGAGCUGAAGUAUGACUCGUCGUGUGGCGGUGGUCGGAGCAGGUGCUUCAGGUCUAGCCAGUAUUAAGUGCUGCCUGGAUGAGGGCCUGGAGCCAGUCUGCUUUGAGAGCAGUGAUGACAUUGGUGGUCUGUGGAGGUUUAAGGAGAAUCCAGAGCCAGACAGAGCGAGCAUUUACCACUCUGUCAUCAUCAACACCUCCAAGGAGAUGCUGUGUUUCAGUGACUUUCCCGUCCCUGGGCACUUCCCAAACUACAUGCAUAACUCCCUCAUCAUGGACUACUUGCGAAUGUAUGCUGACCACUUCCAGCUCACCAAGCACGUACGCUUUAAUACCAAAGUCUUGCAGGUGCAGCAGAGACCAGAUUUUUCUCAUUCAGGCCAGUGGGACGUUGAAACCGAGAACAAGGACGGCAAAAAGGAGAAGCACAUUUUUGAUGCAGUGAUGAUCUGUAUUGGACAUCACUGCCAGCCCAACCUGCCACUGCAUGACUUCCCAGGUAUCGACACGUUCAAGGGAAAGUACUUCCACAGCAGAGACUACAAGACUCCUGAGGAGUGGAGGAAUAAAACGGCUGUAGUGGUUGGCAUAGGAAGCUCUGGAGGAGACAUAGCAGUGGAGCUGAGCAGGGUCACCAAGCAGCUGUAUCUAAGCACUCGGAGGGGAGCCUGGAUCGCAAAUCGAGUUUCUGACAAUGGUCUUCCCCGUGAUAUGCUCAAUGACAGGAUGACUCAAUUCAUGCGCCGUAUCCUUCCCUUCAGAGUUAUCUGCAGCAUGGCAGAGAGAAAAGUCAACAAGAGAUUUGAUCACAGUCUGUAUAACUUGAAGCCAAAGCACAGGAUUUUCAACCAACAUCCCACAAUUAAUGAUGACCUUCCCAACCGCAUCCUGUCUGGAACAGUUCAGGUGAAACACAACAUCCGCAGGUUUCAGGGGACCAGUGUGGAGUUUGAAGAUGGAAGUGUCGUGGAAGACGUCGACCUGGUGGUGUUUGCCACAGGUUACAAGUUUUCCUUUCCAUUCCUGGCCUCACAUGUGGUCUCAGUAUGUGAGAACAAAGUAUCCCUGUACAAGUAUGUGUUUCCUCUUGACUUGGACUGCCCCACUCUGGCUAUCAUUGGUCUCGUGCAGCCACUGGGAGCAACUAUUCCCCUCUCUGAGAUGCAGGCCAGAUGGGCCACACGUGUCUUUAAAGACAGCAUCAAGCUUCCCUCUGUGGCGUCCAUGCUAAAAGAUGUCCAGUACAAACGGGAGACAAUGGCUAAAAGGUAUUUCCCCACUCAGAGACACACCCUCCAAGUGGAUUAUCUCAGAUACAUGGAUGAGAUAGCAGAGCUGGUGGGAGUUCGACCCAACUUCUUGAAGCUGCUGCUGACUGAUCCCAGGCUGGGACUGACUGUGAUGCUCGGUCCCGGUACUCCGUACCAGUAUCGUCUCAAAGGGCCAGGAAAAUGGGCUGGAGCCCGCCAGGCCAUCCUCACACAGUGGGAGAGAGUGGCCCAAGCCAUGCAGACAAGACCUUGCCGUGAUCCCGAACCCAAGAGAUCAUUUAUGUGGCCUCUGAUCCUGUCUGCUUCUGCUGUGGGCUUGGCUGCCUACGUUAACAGGAGCAACCUUCCAGAUUUCCUGCAGGAUCCUACUAUACUGUUGGAUAAGAUAAAAGCGUACCUGCCUGUAUAGUGAUGUGCAAAUAUUUUUUAAAUUCACAUCUGAUGUGAUUAUGACUUUAUAAGACAUGCUGAUUUGCUGGUAGGCACUAGCUGAGUAUAAUAAACAUAGCAGAAAUAAAAUUGAAAAAAAAUCUAAAUAGAUAUAAAUGUCAAAAUUAAACCCCAAUAAGUGUUAAAUUCUUAGUACAGUAACGUAUAAGGAAGCAGCAGCAUUUUAAUGUUCCAGCCGGUCUGUGUGGACAUUACUUUGGACCUCUGGCAGUUUCUACUACAUCACUCCGUCUCUGGGCUGGACAGUGAACUAAGAUAAUGCACACUGGUCAAUGAUGCCACCUAAUGGCAGCUUCUGAACUCAGCUGAUGUUUGCCUUGAAAAAAAACCCUACAUGAAACCAUAUUUUUCUCUACAUAAUCUGUAUUUCAAACUUUGAGCAUGUGAGCAGAGACAGGAAGUGAGCAGAAUCAGACACAUGGAAAUGAAGUACUGAAAAAACAAAACUAAAACAGCUCCAAACAUAAAGACAACAAAAACAAAACAAAUUUGACACAAGUUAAAGUAGAUAUAAAAAUGCCAGUGACUCGUGACAAAAGGCUCACUCUUGUCACACAGUUUAAAAGAUGGUGCUCACAUUUAUUAUUUUGAUUUUAGGAGUUUUUUGUUUGUGAAUACAUUUACAAGAUGUAAAAUCAUAUUAAUAAGGAAAAAUGCAUUCAUAUCAUUGUCACAGUAAUGAAAGACCCCAAAUAUAAUAUUCCUAUAAUAAAAAAGUAUAAUGGUGGGUAGAGCAGGUGUCCCAUAUAUGAAGGCAAUGUCCUUGCAUCAAUGGUCACGAGCUUUAUUCCAGCCUGCUGCAUGUCAUCCUCCUUACAUGCUUAGACUGCCCUAUCUAAUAAAGACAAAAAGACAACAAAACAAAUGUUUAAAAAUGAAUGAAUAAAUAGUAAAAGCCAAGAGAAUGUUGUCAGCUAUCUUUCCACUGCACAUGUGUAACAUUACAAGACCAAAGAGAGAAAUUUACAUGUGACUCAUUAACUUUUUAAAGAAAUGUUCCACUGGAUAAAAGCUACGGAUCAAUUUAA